AUGGCGUUCGCGGAAACGAACAGUCGGCUUGACCAAGAACGCCGUGCCAAGUUCUGUGGCGUAGCUUCCAUCCGUGUAAACGCUUUAUGCUUCGCUGGGCCGAGAUGGACGACCGAGAUGGCCCCAGACAGGCGAAUUCUCGAGCCAUUCAAGCGCAAGUUUCGCGAGGAAAAGGGCUUUCGCGCAGACGAGCAUCGGCACCACGCGAAGGCUAUCAUAAGCCCAGAACUCUUAGACUCUUGUCUUCGCAAUGCCAAUAUAGAGGCCCAGAGGCUUCGAGAAGAGACAGAGCCUUAUGUAGAACUUGAGCUACCACCAAACACCCAGCUGCAGUGCCUGCAACAGGGCGAGAAGGCAUUGGCAGCUUGUGAGGCAUUUGAUGGUGCCCAAACCCGCUGGAUAGUAGAUCUCUUUCUAGAAGACCUCAGCGAUGACUUGAGAAGGUUGUUUCUUGAGGAGCACGACUUUCGGGAAGCACCGAGCGAUGGAGAGUUUUAUCGCAAGAUUCGUGAAUAUCAAGGUGUUCACGGACAGAAGAAUCAAUACUUCGAGCGAUUAUGGCUUGGGCAGCUUUCAGCUCUAUCAAAGAACCGGAGGAACCUCUUUGAACAGCUGAGCCGUAAUAAGGCCUUCCUAGAAGCUUUCGACGACUUGUUAAUCGUCCCUGCUCUGUUCAGUGGCUUUAGGCUCACGGUGAUACAUCAAAUGAUGAGUUUGAGAUGUGAAGAGCCGAUCAUCGCCUACCUGCGAUGUAUAGGACAGACGUGGAGGACAAUAUGUGGGGAUGACAAGAAUAAAAUGGAGAAAAUUGAUGCAGACACGAUUCGGGCGUUGCAGGGGAUGGCCCCUGGGGCCUGUCAGUCAGACCAUUCCUCCCUUCUAGACAAGUUGAGAAGUGGCCACAUCCUUGGGGGCUUCACCGAGCAAGCGCGAGGGGAAAUGUGGUCCCAGAUUUGUACAGUGUCUAGGCACACUUUGAUCCCUUCCCUUCAUACCUUUUUCGAAGAUUUGAAGUAUCUCAAGUGUGCUGUCGAGAGUCUGAGAAGGUUACUGCAUCUAGGCUCACGAGACACUAUCGAAGGCUGUCUGGAAAGCAUGUUAACAGACGGAAGUUCAGGCCAGCAACAAUGCAUCAUACAAUACUCGGAGUCUGAGUACAAGCUUUUACCCGGGCCCGUGGCGACUCGAUUCGCCUUGGGCUGCCGCCAGCUAUGGCUAGCCGCCUUUCGCAUCUAUCAAGACCUACCAGCUGCGCCGCAGAAGGCUCAUAUCCGAGCCAAGCCACGCAAGAAAGGGGAUGAAGUGACGCUCUUUCGCUUAGCCGAUCUUGCGUCCCGGCUCGGGUUCACAUCGGAGCCAAGAAGGAAUAUACUUCAGCAGUCACCAUCGCGACAAGUUGCCCGAACAGCUCUUCUGGCCGUCAUGAAGCCGGGACGAUAUAUGUACAAGAACCUCGAGGGUAUAGUUGAUCAGAUCACGGGAGUCUUCGAAAGUGCAGAAUUAGUACCUCUAGCUGAAGCAUCUUCGAGCACCCAGACUAGCGACCGGAAUGAAGGCCCAGUGAGAUGGGGUUUACCUCACAAAAUGGACCAUGAGCGGGAUAGGGAGUCGCUAUUUCUCCCGAAUCUUCAUGUAGAGCUGAUGAGCGCUUUCCCGCUGAUGACGUCAAUCUUCGUACGCCGUUCCGUUUACUUUGCUUUCUUUGGUCAUACCCUGACGGACUUAAUCAAAACGCAGCAAGCCGAGCGAAGUGGGCUUGUCGAAGAAUGGGAGCGUAAGCAAGAAGAGCUAAAGAACCUGGAGGCUGCAAUCAAAAUACAACAAGCGGAGCUAUUUAAGCUUGACAAAGAAAGGCAGUCUGAGCAAGCCAGGCUAAAUAACCUUAAGGCUUCAAUCCAAACACAGAAAGCCGAGCUAUGUGAGCUUAACGAAGAAAGUCAGUCUAAGCAAGUUGAGCUAGACAGUCUGCAACAGAAGAUCAAGGUGCAAGAAGCUAGCUAUGUACACGGCCAAGGAAACUCACGUCCCGUCGAAAUACGGCAGCAUGAACCGCAGCACCCGCGUAAGAGAAAGAAGAUAAGCAAUGCCCUGGGGCAGAGUGAUGUUUCCUCUGAUCAGGGGAACAACCACCACCCCACGACCGAAGAGAGUUCACCGCGUAGAACGUGUUAA